AUGGUGAUGCACUGUGGUCCAAACAGAGGCUCGUUUUUAUGGGGAUCCUCAACACAUAACACCCGAAUUGAAUGCCUUUGGGUGGAGGUUGGCCAUCAAUUUGCCCGACGAUGGAAGGCAUUCUUCACACGCCUUGAAUGUCUUCAUGGCCUAAAUUGCAAGAAUCCCCACCACUUGUGGCUCCUGCAAUUUCUUUUCCUUGAUCUGAUCAAUGUAGAUUGCAAAAUAUUUAUGGAGGAAUGGAAUCAUCAUCCGAUCUCUGGUCCAACAACAAACCACCAAUCUCUGCUAGUAAGUAGAGGAAUCUUUUAUUUAUUUUUGUCUAUUAACUCUCCAUCGCUUACCUCACAGGACAUGCAUUUUCUCUCUGAAGUUGAGAAUGGUGUUUAUAUCACUGAUCCUCUUCACGAUGUACACCCUGAUAUACUUACCCAAUACUACGGUACUGGUGGUCCACCACUGUCUCACAUCAAUGACUCGGAAGAAGACACUGACAAUUCUUGGACUCCCUUAUGA